AUGGCGUUCCUGGUGCGAGGGAGGUCUGCACCGGGCGGGUAUGGCAUCGACGUCAGCAAGCUGGCUGGGGAUGAUAGUGAAGCCGAGUCUCCUCGCAGCUCCAGAGUGUCUUUUGAGCAGAGCAACGCAGGCCCGUUUUCUGACAGAAGCCUGUCCUCGAGGCGAAGUUCAGCAGUCAAGGGAGAUGCCCCCCUGAAGAAGAAGAGCUGGAUGAACUGGAAGCCACUGCGCGCAAUUGCCCAGAUUGGCACCAGCAAGUCCUCCUGCGUGUUCUCUCUCACGCUUCAUUACAUCGAGAACCUCCCGGCUACCUACAACGGCCGCCGCGUCGCCGUCAACUGGAUGCGCAAGGAGAACUACGUGGACAGUAAGCCGGCCACUGUCUCGGACAGCUUCGCGGACUUUGAGGAGAUCCUGCACCUGAAAUGCACCAUGUACGGCGGCAAGGGAGGCACCAAGUACCUGCCAAAGAGCUCGACUCUCUCAGUGCAAGCUGUGGACGGGGACCGAGCGAUUCUGGGCCGCCACAAGCUGGAUCUGUCGAGGCUGCUUCCAAGUGGCGACAUCACCGGUCGCAGGGGGAGCGGAGGAGGUGGCCUUGAUGGGUCGACUGUCAGCUUCCCAUUGUCGGUGGGGUCGCUGUUGGUCACCUUCGGGUACAAGGUUGUGGAUGCCCCCGAGCUCAACCGAACAUGGACAGGGACUGAGAUGGUGGCCCCUCGCACCGGCGCGAACCGCUUUGCUGUCUCCAAGUCUCAGAAGCUGCUAAACUACCAACCGCCAUCGCCGAAAGCCCCAGAGGCGCCCGUUCACCCCGAACCGAUACCAGAGGUUUUGCCGUCCCCUAGAAAGGAAACGAGAGACAGUGGGACGUCCCCUGAGGCAGCGGCUGCAGAGGCCAGGGAUCGGGCGACUUCGCCUGAAGCGGAGGAAAUGGGGGUGAAGGAUGAGGAGGAGGUGGAAAAGAAAGUCCUGGGAGAAGGAGAGAAGGGGGAUGAAGAGAAGGAAGAAGAAGCGGCUGCAGCGCUCGAUGGGGGAGAGGCAACAGAAGAGGAGGAAGGGGCAGAGAAAGGAGGCGAAGCAAUGGUUGAGGAUGAAGCGCAGGUGGCUGGCGAUGCACCCCCCCACGAGCGGACCGGCUCCGACGCCGACGAAGCUGAGUUCCUGCAGUUGCUGGGAACCAAGAGCGACGAGUUCAAAGAGGCGGAGGACACCGACUUCGACGCGCGCUCCGACGUGGUGCAGCUGAGCCGCCCCGGCAGCCCCCGGGGGAACUUGGCGGGCGGUUUCGAGCAGAACGACAGCCAGCCGCCGACGCCCAAGACUGCGCUCCUCCGGCAGUUUGAGGCUGAGAUGGGUAUGUUUGGGGGGGAAGAAAAGGGGGGGGGUAUGUUUGAGGAUCUUGUGGAUGAUGAGGGGGUGGCCUAUGAUGGAGAUGGGGAGUAUAGGCAGAGCAUGCUAGGGGGGGAUGAAUUUGGGGCAGACGGGCUGGGGGGGAGAGUGCAGGAGCGGAUGGACCUCGACAAGGGGGGGUACCGCCUGGUGCACCGGCCGCGGUAUGCAUUGGACGACAACGGCCAGUGGGUGGUGGCGGGGUACGAGGAGGAGUACGAGCGGGUUGAUGCGGAAGACGGGGAGUUGUACGUGGAAGCCUCGAACCAGGACUUCGGGCGUACGGACUACGAGUUGAUGGACGACCGUCCGAUGACGGGCGAGGAGCUCUGGGAGGCGUACCGCUCGCAGGAGGGUUUCCACGCUGCGUUGCGGCGGCGUAACGAUGACAUGGAAGUUGGGCACGGGGAUGAUCUCCCCUCCCUCAGCGCAGAGUACCUGGCCAGCCAGGACGCGCCCCCCCUGAAGAAGACGAGCAAGUCGCGCGUGGAGGAACUAGAGGCGGCGGAGACGGAGCUCUUGAUGCAGCAGUUCGGGCUCACGCAAGACGCGUUCGACGACUCCCCGACGCCCCCUCAGAACCCAAUGCAGCGCCACCUGUCGCGUGUCGUGUCCAUGCAGGCCGAUGCGAUGAGCCUGGCGCACGCGAGUGGGAACUCGCUCGCACCCCCUCCGGCAACGGCGCUCAACUCCGGGGGGCCGUCAGUGGUUGCGCUUGGGGACGGGGGGUGUCUCCGGGCAAUGGACAUGCGGUUGUUCCCCAAGGGGAGCAGUGGGCUGGUCAUGCAGUGCAGCCAGCCGGUGGUGGUGCCCCCCGAGAUGGGGGGAAACGCGGUGGAAAUCAUGCAAAGGAUGGCAGGCGCCGGUGCGGACGGCAUGAUCGCGGGCGCGCUCGCAUCGAUGCCCAUGGCCGAGCUGACCGGCAUGAGCAUCGACCAGAUCGCGGCCGAAGGCAUGGCCGCUCUCGAGGGAUCCCACAAGAAGGGCUGGGCCAGUCUCCUCGACUCCGGCGCAGCCCACCGAGCCGUCAACUACUCCAGCCAGUCCCUCGAGGGGGGGCAAUCCGCCCUGCAUCUGGAGGGGGGGAGCGCGCCCCUGGCGCUGGAGUACGAGGGAUCGUCCCAGCAGACGGGGCAGCUGGUGACAGCUGGCAGGCCCGGGUUCGCGGGCUACAGCAGCAACUUCGCGGAACUAGAGGCGGAUCGGAAGGCGCUCACGGUGUUCGAGUCGAACCUGCCGGAGAGCCUCAGCGACGAGGCGCGCGCGCUCGCGAUCAGGGACGUCAAGACGGAGCUCGCAAUGCGGCGCGAGUCGCGGGCGCGGCGGCAAGCACGCGAGAUCGCUUUGCGGAACCAGGGCGGUCUGGCUGGCGGCGACCGUCCUCUGGCCCCGGGAGAACUUCCCGAGCAGUUGGUCGGGCUGGAAGAGCUGGGGCCCCUGGCGAUGCAGACGGUGGAAUCACUCGCCAUCGAGGGGCUCAAGAUCCAGACGGACAUGACGGAGCAGGAGGCGCCGUACCAGGUGGAUGCGCUGAGCUGGGGCGACGUGGACCCCAAGUUCAUCGAGCAGGCCAAGAAGCAGGCUCAAGCGGGCCAGCUGCCCAUGAUGGGGGGCCCACAGCAGUUCCAGAUGCUGGAGGGGGGGGAGUACGUCAGUACCAGCGAGGGGGGGGGCGCGAUGGUGCCCCUCGGGGGCCCUCUGGGAGGGUUGUUCUCGGGCCGCAACACCGACAUGGAGGUCAACUCCGAGGACUACGAGGCGAACAUGGCCCUCAUGGCGUCGGCGGUGUCGCUGGACGAGUGGAUGCGGCUGGACACUGGCGUGGAGCAGGACGAGGAGAACAUGUCAGAGCAGACGCGCGCGAUCCUGGCCGCGCACCGGGCGCAGCACGGCGACGUGGCAGCAGCACGGGCCAAGCCCGGCGGCCCCCAGCAGGGCGCGAUGGGCGACAAGCUGACCCUGGCGAUGCUGGUUCAGCUGAGGGAUCCCCUUCGCAACUACGAGCCGGUGGGGCAGCCUAUGCUGGCAAUGGUUCAGGCGGAGAGGGUCCUGUCAGCCCCCGCUCCAAGGAGGACGAAACGGCAAGCGCGAUUGGAAGCGGCAAAGAAGCGCACGCUGCAGCUAGAGGGGGGCCAACAAAGGCGGGCGAUCAUGGGGCCCGAGGAGGGGGGGCGCACCGAGGAAGAGGAGCGCCGCACAGAGGAAGAGGAGCGCCGUGCGCAGCAGGAGGCUGUGGAAAACGCCGUGCAAGAAGAGGCGGAGGUGUACUACUCAGACGACGAGGAGUUGGAAGACGCGCCAACCCCCCCUGCAGAAACCAACCCCAAGUUCCGGAUUACCGGGGUACACAUGGCGGGGCUUGGAAAGAACGACAAGCCGGAUGCGGCGGCGAGCAAGCACAAGAAGUGGGGGGGGCAGAAGCAGCAGGUCGCUGGUUCGCGGUGGCUGCUGGCAAACGGCCUCGGGCAUAACGCCAAGAGCGCUAUGAUGAAGGAUAAGGCCCCGCCAGCCAAAACACGUGUCAAGAAGGGGGAGACGCUAUGGAGCAUCUCGUCGCGCGUCUAUGGGGACGGCUCCAAGUGGAAGGACGUUGCGGCUUUGAACCCUCACAUCCGGAAUCCAGACGUCAUCUUUGCUGAUGACACUAUCCGGAUGAGGUAGCGCAAACGUCCUGAAUAAAUUUGAUGGAAUGUAGGGGAGUAGCAUGGGGUUGUCGUCGCCGUGCGCUUUGCGUUGCUUGAACACAUGGCGAGAGCCGGGGCCUGCACGAAAUAGUCCUUGUUGGAAGGGCAAGCUGAAAGGACUCUCGUCUUACUUAACGCUACGAAAGCAGAAAUAAGAGCCCGAGUACGCCUACUUGCUGAUGAUAGUAGUACCGUACCAGGCGAUACUGGCUGUUUGCAGCACAUCAAGGUCUGUGGUUGUCAGGUGUGCCAGCGAAGGCCGAGUGUGGUUGUAAAGUUCUUGCACCAGAUAGAAGCCUUAUAAGCAUUGCGAAAGAGUUUUUUACAUGAUGCAGACGGUUCAGUCUGUCAUUGUGUGCUAUAGAGAAGAAAUGGGUGUCUGCUUGUAAGGUAAACCUAGCAUAGCCUGUCCAGCUUGAUACGAGAUUUGUCGUUGUCUUAGAUUGUGAUUCAACACGUCUGAUUCCACAUAAAACUUGAUUGCCCUGGCUCCUAUGUUUCUGUCCGACCAUCCGAUUGAGCAUUACACCCGC